AUGCCCACCGUGAUCACAGAACAUCCUUUCCAUCCAUCCCACCUGCUGUACAUAAUCGCUUCUUCUGAAUCUAGUAAAGAUUAUCACGGUUCAGCUUCUAGCUUGGUGGGUGGCAAAGGUACUUCAAUAGGGAAACUAAUGGAGCAAGAUGAGAGAAAUGCAGAAUCCAAGAUUGAAUAUUUUGAUCAUGAACAUCCCCUAUGCUUUAAGAAGGUUGCUGAACAAAAUGGAAGUGCUAUUUGCAAAGCUUGUUUUCUGGAAAUCUCAGAUGAAGCCUAUGCUUGUAAAAGUUGUAAAUACUACAUACACAAAGCAUGCACCAAUUUGCCCUGGGAGGUGCUACAUCCUCUUCACCCCCACCAUUCUCUCAAGCUCUUGUCUGAAGUUAGAGGAAAGGUUUUCUCAUGCGAUGGAUGUAGAGACGUUACUGCAGGGUUUGCUUACGCAUGCUCUAUGUGCGGUUUCAUGCUUGAUGUGAAAUGUGCUCUUUUACGGGUGCCUAAAAUUGAGACUCAAAGGCUAAAGGAGACGGAGGAGAGACGACCCAAGUCAUGCCUUCUUAACAAAGCUUAUCAAUUAUCCUUCUUCAAUAUCAAAGCAAUCUUCGACGAAUGUUGCAGUUUUUGCCAAAGAUAUGUGAAGGGUCCGGCCUAUAGUUGCAGCGAUUGUGAUGAAGAAGAAAUUACAGCAGAAGGAUCCUCAAAUAUGGCAUUGGACUUUCCAAGCACCUCUGGCUGGGCUGAGAGAGAGUGUGUGUCCAUUGAUGAAUCGGAGGAAGAUGAUCAAAUUAGCAUUGAUGAAUAUUCAGAGUAG